AUGGCUCCGAGAAGAAACAAGCCGAUCAUCAAGCUGGAGGGAUUUGCGAUGCGAUUCAAAAAAAUGAAAAAAGGCGGAAAAGAACUCUGGUACUGUGUUGAGAGAGAGAGACGUGCCAAGUGUGACGCCGUUUACAGCUACGACCCAGCCACCAACACAUUCACUGUUGAAAAAGAUCACGUCAGACACGAUGAGGAUUCUGUUAGAAGCGAUGUGCGUAUCAGCUUGGAGAAUCUAAUGGAAGCAUUCAUUGCUAUAAAAAAAUACACAUCGAAAAAUACGAUGAAAGCCCUUAGGGACGAGGUUUUUUCUAGGCCGCCCGGGGGAUUUGUGGUGUCGAAAAAGUUGGUCCCUGAUGGUGAUGCUCAGAUGGACGAGAGCGUUACUGGGGCGGUAAUAUCACAGGGACCGUCUUCAUCUACCGUAGCUGACCAGGCACCGAAUAAUGAAACUGCUGGAUCCAGCUGUCGAAGCAAAUUGGAACAGAGCGAAUCAAGUGUCCCUCCUCCAGAUGAAACCAAUGACUCCACGAUUAACAUGACGUCGAUCUCUGCUGAGAACGUGCCAGGCGCUUCUGGAACCAUUAGAGAAUCUCCUCUGCUCCAUAAGAUCCUAACGGACCCAUCACCCAAAGUUCAGUGUAAUGGAGUUCAAGGUCAGGCUCAGCAUUCAGCUCUGCCAGCAGUUCCGCCAGCGGAUGUCACGUCUUCACCUGGUCCAGCUGGCUCAAGUGAGCCAGCUGAUCUUGCCCCUCCUCCAGCUCCAAGCGAUGUGAAACAUACUUCAUCCGCUCUAAUUGAUGAGCGCGUUAUAAAAAUACCUAUCAAAGUUAGAGCAUUUUCAGACCACCCACUUGACCGAGACGCAGCGAACGCUCUGAUAGAGUUGAGUGACCAAAAAGAAAUUGUGAGUACGUCAGAAUUGACGACAAACUGCACAGAUUUUUUGAAUUUUUGA